CCGGGUGUUUCGGUUUCGAGCGGCACGCCCCCUUACCCAGGUGAUUUCGCUCUUUCAAGUGGAAGCUCGCUUUUUACACAGUUUUUGCAAGUUUUUGUGUAAAAUCGGGCCGAUAGACCGGCCGAUGUUGCUUGGCGGGUUACGUGCCUGGGGCAGCAUUUGUCUACGAUCAUUCCCCGCAUUUUCAGCGAGGAAUUUCAGGCAUUUCAGCAGUAAUAGUGGAGGCAGGAAAAGUGGCAGCAGCACUGUUUACUAUGUCGCAGCUGCCGGAGUCCUCACCCUCGGACUCAGCUACGCCGCCGUGCCCCUCUACAGAAUGUUCUGCCAGGCCUACAGCUAUGGUGGAACGACAGCCGUCGGUCACGACAAGGAAAAGGUGGCAUCGAUGUCGGCGGUCGAGAACCGAGUGAUCAAGAUCAAAUUUAACGCUGACCUUGGUGCGAGCAUGCGGUGGAACUUCAAGCCUCAGCAACCGGAGAUUUUAGUGAAACCCGGUGAGACCGCCCUGGCUUUCUACAAAGCGCGAAACCCUACAGACCGACCUGUUAUUGGCAUUAGCACUUAUAAUGUGAUCCCCUUUGAGGCGGGCCAAUACUUUAACAAAAUUCAAUGCUUUUGCUUCGAAGAACAGAUGCUCAACCCUAACGAAGAGGUUGACAUGCCUGUUUUCUUCUACAUCGAUCCUGAAUUUGUGUCAGACCCAAGGAUGGAGUAUGUAGAGACGAUCACCUUGUCAUACACUUUCUUUGAGGCGCGGGAAGGUCUUAAACUGCCUCUGCCAAACCACCAGAGUAGAUAAAAAGUGCUGCGAUGAAUGAAUAGUCCACAAAUGCAUUAAACGAGUUGAUUUUUUAACAAAGUCACCAU